CCGUUGGCCCCAAAAGGAGUAAAAUUUAGGGCAGUUCGCUCAAUGUGUUUACUGCGAUUGCCGUGUUCGAACUAUGGUUGACGGGUAGGAAGAACGCGGAGUAUGUGAUGCUUCAGAUCUGAGAGACGCAGGCAGGAAAAGAAGAGGCGAUGGGUUCGGGAGCUUUGCUUAGUUUCAUCGCUAGGAAUUUUGAUGUUCUAGCAGGACCUUUAGUCACACUUGUCUACCCCUUGUAUGCUUCUGUGAAAGCAAUAGAAUCUAAAUCUCCAGAAGAUGAUCAGCAGUGGCUUACCUACUGGGUGCUGUAUUCUUUAGUUACUUUGUUUGAGUUGACAUUUUCUACACUUAUUGAAUGGCUUCCAUUUUGGCCUUAUGCAAAGCUAAUAUUUAACUGCUGGCUGGUUUUACCAUACUUCAGUGGUGCCACAUUUAUUUAUGAGAAUUUUGUGAGACCUAUGGUUUUGAAUCAACAGACCUUGAACCUUUGGUCUCUCUCUUCAAAAAGUGGCGCCUUUGGCAAGCCAGAUGACGUUCUAUUAGCCGCUGAGAAAUUUAUUGAACAAAAUGGAACAGAAGCAUUUGAAAAACUUAUAAGAAAGGCUGGAGGCUUGUCCAAUCCCAAGAAGAACAUGCAUGCAACAUUUCACGACGACAGAGAUGACAGAGAGGAAUCCGAGUCUUGGAAGAUGAACAGGUUUGCUGGGGAAUCAAGCUCUUGGACAAAUAACAGUUUUAUGAUUUUUGAUGACGAUGCUAAUAGACGCUGGAAUUAGACGUUGAAGUGUGCACAUUUGGCAGAAUCGUAAACAUAGUUAUGACCUCUUGACUUUGUAUAUAGACCUAGUUGCAUACUUCUGUUUUUUUCCUUUCUUUCUUUCUUUCUUUCCUUCUUUCCUUUUUGCAAUUUAGUUUAUCUUCAUCCUUUUGGGUGGCAAUGAGAUGCAUAUUAUGUAUAAAUUGUAGUCAGUUUGUAUAGUGUUCCAUAAUUAUAUGCAAUACAAGAUUGAGUGCAUUGUUAUAUUGUGUAA